CCGCACAGAGCGUCGCCGCAAUCGGCGCGGCGGACGAAAUCGAAACCGAGGGCUUUCUCAAUUCGCUCCUCCGCGGAAGCCCCAACUUCCCCUUCACCCGCUUCUUCCUACUCCGGCGCGCUGCAGGCUACGGAGAUUAAGGAAAGAUGCUUGAAAUGGAGGUGGAAGGGCCAGUACACGAUCAAUUACUUCGUCGCUCAGUCUCCCUCCCGGUCACCGCCGCUUCUCCUAGUUCACGGCUUCGGCGCCUCGAUUCCUCACUGGCGCAGAAAUAUCGAGACAUUGGCGCAGAAUCGCGCCGUCUACGCCAUUGAUCUUCUAGGGUUUGGCGAAUCUGAUAAGCCGGAAGGAUUUUCUUACACUAUGGAAACUUGGGCUGAGGGAAGAGUAAAGCAGAAAAGAAAGAUAGAAGAAGAGGAAGAGCGAGUUUGCUCGUUCUCCGUUUCCUCGGAAUUGCGCGAUUCCGUUGUUUCCCCUUUCCCCGAUUUCGAUUUCGAUUUCAAUUUUCGAAUUUCUCCUUCUUCCGGAGUUAGUUUGUGGUCUCGAACCAUGGGGCUCUGCACCUCCAAACCCUCCACGGACCGGAGCAUCCACGUCUCGUACCCGCAACCCGACCCGCCGGUCGUCGACGGCGGCGGAGGGGAGAGGCCGGAAGCGUCGAGCGCCGACGAGAGCUUGACCUCCGACGAUCAGAGGACGAAGGAGAGGGCGGAGCUGGAGAAUGUCAAGAAGUCGCCCUUCUUCCCCUUCUACAGUCCCAGUCCAGCGCACUACUUCUUCUCGAAGAAGUCUCCGGCGAGAUCUCCGGCUCCGAGUGGUCCAGCUGGCGGCAACGGCACGCCGAAGAGGUUCUUCAAGCGGCCGUUCCCCCCGCCGUCUCCGGCGAAGCACAUACGAGCUGUUCUGGCGAGGAGGCAUGGCUCCGUGAAGCCCAACGAGGCGUCGAUUCCCGAAGGGAGCGAGGUGGAAGGGAUGGCUGGGCUUGACAAGAGCUUCGGAUUCUCUAAGCAUUUUGGGAACAAGUACGAGCUGGGAGACGAGGUCGGGAGAGGACAUUUCGGAUACACUUGCGCCGCUAAAUUCAAGAAGGGCGAGCUCAAAGGGCAGCAGGUUGCCGUCAAGGUCAUCCCGAAAGUGAAGAUGACCACAGCAAUUGCAAUUGAAGAUGUGAGAAGGGAGGUCAAAAUAUUACGAGCACUGACUGGACACAAUAACCUAGUGCAAUUCUAUGAUGCAUACGAGGACAGUGAUAAUGUAUACAUUGUAAUGGAGUUGUGUGAAGGAGGAGAGCUUUUGGACAGAAUUCUUUCCAGGGGAGGAAAAUAUUCAGAGGAGGACGCAAAGACAGUAAUGAUACAAAUAUUAAAUGUUGUUGCAUUUUGCCAUCUACAGGGUGUGGUGCACCGGGAUCUUAAACCCGAGAAUUUCCUCUUCACUUCCAAGGACGAGGACUCACAACUGAAGGCCAUUGACUUUGGUUUGUCCGACUUUGUUAAGCCAGAUGAGAGAUUGAAUGACAUUGUUGGCAGUGCUUAUUAUGUAGCACCUGAAGUUCUACAUAGAUCAUACGGCACGGAGGCUGAUGUCUGGAGUAUAGGUGUGAUUGCUUAUAUUCUAUUAUGUGGCAGCCGUCCCUUUUGGGCCCGGACCGAAUCAGGAAUAUUUAGAGCUGUUCUAAAAGCCGAUCCAAGCUUUGAUGAAGCGCCUUGGCCAUCCAUGUCCGCUGAAGCACGGGACUUUGUUAAACGACUACUGAAUAAAGACCCUCGAAAAAGAAUUACUGCUGCCCAAGCCUUGAGUCAUCCAUGGAUUAAAAGUUCCAAUGAUGUUAUUAAAGUCCCCCUCGAUAUAAUAGUAUUCAAGCUCAUGAAGGCUUACAUGCGUUCGUCAUCUCUUCGUAAAGCCGCUUUGAGGGCGUUGAUGAAACAUGCGACAGAUGCUAUGAAGGAAUCUCGGAUCCCUGAUUUCCUAGCAUCGCUGAAUGCGCUCCAGUACAGAAGGAUGGACUUUGAAGAGUUCUGUGCAGCUGCAUUAAGUGUCCAUCAGCUUGAGGCUCUAGACCGGUGGGAGCAACACGCUCGUUGUGCCUAUGAACUCUUCGAUAAGGAUGGGAACAGGGCCAUUAUGAUCGAAGAACUUGCGUCGGAGCUUGGCCUCAGCCCAUCUGUCCCUGUUCAUGCAGUUCUGCACGAUUGGCUUAGGCACACCGACGGGAAGUUGAGCUUUCUGGGUUUCGUGAAGUUGUUGCAUGGUGUGUCUAGCCGGACGUUUGCAAAAGCUCAAUAGCAGCAGCAGCAGCAGCAGUCACUGGAAGAAAAAAGGAAUCCGACCCUCGAGUUACUCCAUAGGCGUGGCGUCUUAUUUUUCCAUAAAACUCAGAACCUAGCUCUGGAGACAUUGCUGGGCACACCGGGGAUGAGAUGUCUCACUGACUGGUAAAUUUUCACUCUGCGAUUCGGGAAUCCGUUACAUGUGUUCUUGUAGUCGACCUCUUUGCCACAGAAAUUUGGGGUUUUGGGGGGGUGGUGUUCUGGAAGUUGUCAAUGUAAAGUUGUAGUUAAGAAAGUAAAAAAGCAAAGGGGAAGUUUGUGUGUUAAGAAUAGAUGCAAGCCAGCCUGUGUGAGAGAGGCAUUGGGCAAGAGGAAGGGAACCCUGAAUUCACCUCAUCAGCUUAUCUCACCUUUGGCUCCCAACCCAAUGUGUCCAUUGAUUGUCCAUCAUCAUGAUUUGUGAAGAGAGAGUUUUAAUGUUCAUCAUUGCUUUGCUCUGCCGUUUUAACACUGUUCUAGUCAACAAAGUGUAUUUGUCCUCAGAUCCCUCUUGUCUCUCUCCCUCUGUUCUUUCAUCUUUUCUUUCUCGUUCUGACUGGAUCUCGAUGGGCAAAGCAAAGCCAUCAAAAUCCACCAUUACUGGAAUGGAAAAUCCUUCCAAAAGCUGGAAAAAGGCUGCUUCGAGAUUGCCCACUCGAAAAAUGGGUGGUGGGUUUACUUCUACGUUCCAUGAAAUCCCAUUUAGGGGCCAUGCUCUUCUUCCUUCUCCACUGUGCUAAUUCACCUAUGUAGAGGAAACACUGCCUAUAAUAGAACAAA